AUGGGAAUCCCAGAGCGAGGGACCGCCUGUCAGCCUCGUCUAUGCUGGGAUUAUCCCAGAGAAGAGACAGCGUUUUUAUUGGUCUGUGUCUUUUCUCUCUCUCUCUCUCUCUCUCUCUCUCUCUCUCUCUCUCUCUCUCUCUCUCUCUCUCUCUCUCUCUCUCUCUCUCUCUCUCUCUCUCUCUCUCUCUCUCUCUCUCUCUCUCUCUCUCUCUCUCUCUCUCUCUCUCUCUCUACCACUGAGACUUUCAGUCUAAUAACUCAGUGACACAAUCUCUCGCUCUCUUUCUUUCCAUCUCUAUUGCGCUCUCUCGCCACUUUCUUUCUAUUUGUCUUUCCCUCUUUCUCCCUCUCCCUUUCUCUCUCUCUCUUUAUCAAAUUUCUCUCUCUUUUUCGCACACUGUGGCCCCUCUAUCUCUGACAGCUGUGAAGGUCUCACCACUGUCCUUUCUUUUCUUUGUUCAUUUUCCUCCGGCUUAAGUUGUUUUCAUGAAGGACGUUGUGCGACUUUGGCUGGAUACAGAACUUGGUGUUAUUAACAGAGCUCUAUUUUCUGUGAGAUGAAGGACAUCACUAGCCCUUUAAAAGUGAAAAAGCAGGAUAUGGCAGUUUUGACUUUGUUUGUUACUUUUACCAGUAGUCAUUGUCACAUUUGACAUUACAGUAGGUUACAUAAUAUAAGCAUUUACAAAGCCUUUAUAAAUGUUGCAUAAGCAUCUACCAUGUUAAAAUGCAAUUGCUGUUUAUCAACGUAAAGCCAGUGUUGUAGUAUAUUAUGUAAGAGUGUAUUACCACACUAAUAUUAACUUGUCAUAAUUCUCAAUAAACUGUGAAUAUUCUGCAUUAUACACUGUGUACAAAUGAUUAGGAACACCUGCUCUUUUAUGACAUAGACUGACCAGGUGAAUUCAGGUAAAAGCUGUCAUCCCUUAUUGAUGUCCCCUGUUAAAUCCAUUUCAAUCAGUGUAGAUGAAGGGGAGGAGACAGGUUAAAGAAGGAUUUUGAGACAAUUGCGACAUGGAUUGUUUAUGUGUGCCAUUCAGAGGGUGAAUGGGCAAGACAAAAUAUUUAAAUGCCUUUGAAAGGGGUAUGGUAGUAGGUACCAGGCGCACCGGUUUGAGUGUGUCGAAAACUGCAAUGCUGUCGGGUUUUUCACGCUCAACAGUUUCCCGUGUGUAUCAAGAAUGGUCCACUAUCCAAAGAACAUCCAGCCAACUUGACACAACUGUGGGAAGCAUUGGAGUCAACAUGGGCCAGCAUCCCUGUGGAACGCUUUCAGUACUUUGUGGAGUCCAUGCUCAGACGAAUUGAGGCUGUUCUGAGGGCUAAAGGGGGUGCAACUCAAUAUUAGGAAGGUGUACAUUACAUAUUCUGCAUUAUGACAUAAAAUAAGGCAGAAGAAAACCUACCUACCUUCCUAAAAAUACUAGAUCACCUAUAAAGUGUCUCACCCUGGAAUCCCUGACAACCUGACCUACCAAUUAUUACUGAGGCUCAUUUACCAUUCUAUCUCUGAGACAGAAAUCUAUAUCCAGAACCAUUCUGGGGAAAGCAGGGGAUGAGUCCCAAAUGCCACCCUAUUCCAAUAGUGCAAUAUUUUUGACCAGGGCCCAUAGGGUAUCACAAAGGGCUUUGGUCAAAAGUACUGCACUAAAUAGGGAAUAUGAUGCCAUUUGGGGACCCAGGAUUCCUGCCUGCAGAGGAGAAGGUAUGAAUGUGAGUGGACAGAUGGGGAUCCGGUCAGGAAAUGGAGGGGAACUAAGAGAGUGUAUUGAUCCUGUGGCUUAAUUAAACAUGGAGCUGCUUUAUUCUUUACUAAGCAAGACUGUAAGACAUGGCCCACAGUGUGUGGGUGCUACUUUUAUUCAUUAUUUUUAUUGCCCCAUCCUCUUCGGAGGACAAAAGUAACUUUGUUUUAAAUUGUGUUUUUUUACAGCUUGUUUUUUUUACAUAUACAUUUUACCCACAUUUUACAUACAUGGUACUUUGCUACACAGUAUUACACAAUCUACAGAGCUGAGAUUGUUGGACACUUUCUUGUUGGCCUAAAGUUAUAUCCUAUUUUUGACUUUGGUGCAGUUCACUUUCUUUUUGUUCUCUUUUUGAUUCCCUCAGCAUAUUUGCAAUCAAACGCCAACAUUUUCUCCAUCUCCUUAGCUUUCAUACUCUGCUUCCACCGGCCAUUCCACUGAUUUAGAAAUUCAGUCCUCCAGAAAGUGGAGAGCAUUAGCAACACUUUUGCAGUUCUUCACGAUAUCUUUCAAAAAAGCCGUGUUACAAAGGAUUAACUACACAUACUGAGCAGCUCAUGUUAUAGACAGAAGCGUGUUACAUGGCAGAUCAAUCCGAACUCGUCUCUCGGCAUGUCCAGUCCAGCCAAUAUCUCAGCCAAUCAUGGCUAGCGGAAAGGUUCCUGUCUUUUUCCGUGGCUGAACCAACUAGGCUUGUAAUUUAACAAUUGUAUUCGUAUUUACAAAUGGCACACAAGUUUGUUAUUAAGGCACAUGAAAGUUCACAUGUUCCAGAAGGCAUUUCUGCCCAAAAACACAUUUUGGUUAAAAAUAAAUUACGUUCAAAUGCCUCUCCUUUGAAGUAGUGAUGCUCGACAUAGGCCUAGUUUCCUGAAAUGUGUCACAAAUGUUUUUUAUCAAUCAGUAUAUUUUAGUUUAACAAUAAUAUUUGUUGCAAUAUUUAUUCUGUCUUUUCUGGAGGAAAAAUGUAAAUUGUAACCAGCUUUGUAUGGCUUGUUUAAGAAAGGGAGAUACUUUUUACAACGUUUCAUUUUCAAUUAACCAAAAAGGAUGAGCCUUUCUUAGUAAUCUACUGGAGAACCAGUUCGGAUUUCAGUAUAACUUCUGUAUUAAUAAAGCUUUAAGUGAGAGGUUUAAUGCUUUAAUAUUUAAUAAUUUCAGCCCCCCAAACUCAUAUUCAUUAUUUAAAUAGGCACGUUUAAUUUUGUCUGGCUUAGCGUUCCAAAUAAAGUGAAAUAUUUUUUGUAACCAUUAUUAACUAUUUUACACCUGGGGUUGCUAUACAUAACCUUAACCCAUUGUAUAAGAGAUUCACCGAAAUUGAAAUUGUCCAGGAAUUUAUAUAUAAAUUCUAGUUGUACUUUAUCAAAAGCAUUUUCAAAAUCUGCUAUGGAGACCAGGCCUGGUUCCUUUGACAUUUCAUAUUGUUCUAUUGUUUCAAGUAAUUGUCGUAUAUUAUCUCCAAUGUCUCCUCCAUGUAAAAAACAUGUCUGAUCAGGAUGAACAAUAUCUGGUAAAACCUUUUUAAUUCUAUGCACUAUGCAUUUCAUCAGGAUUUUUGCAUCACAACAUUGAAGUGUAAGAGGCCUCCAGUUUUUUAAAUGGAUUGGAUUUUUAUACUUACCACCUGGGUCCUGUUUCAGUAAUAGUGAAAUCAGACCUUCUUGCUGCGUACCCGAUAGUCUACCAUUUUUAUAGGAGUAGUUAAAACAUGCUAAUAGUGGAUCUUUGAUUACAUAACAAAAGUUUUGAUAUACUGGGGUUUUUACAUUUACAUUUUAGUCAUUUAGCAGACGCUUUUUUUCCAGAGCGACUUACAGUUAGUGAGUGCAUACAUUAUUUUUUUAUUCCCGUGGGAAUAAAUUUUUACGGAUGAAAGGUUUGAAUUGCCUCAAGAAGUAGUUCCUCCACUGUAAGUUGGCCUUCACACAGGUCUUUCUGUACAAUUGAUGAUUUUACAUUAUUAUUAUUAGGGAAAAUACAGUUAACAUCAUUCAGUGGAGAUGGAGGAGACUGAAAAGAUAACAUAUGCUUAAAAUAUAAUUUGGUGAAUCGUGGAUGACUCCGUCAUUUGUAACGAGUUUCUGUAAAUUCUUUUUGUAGCAUUUCUAUGAUGGAUAUUCAAGACAAAUGUAGUGAUUUUAUUAUUAUUAUUAUAAUAUCAUCAACACUUUUGAAUGUGUUUGCCCAUGACAGAAGUCCCCUCAGUCCUUUUUCCAAACAACUUCGUCUAUAGACGUAGAGUGAGUUUGCUGUAAACAAUAUAUUUUAUAUUCCUUCUCUUUCAGCCAGGUAAAGAUUGAUCGUGUUUUCUUAUUACAGUGCAUUCGGAAAGUAUUCAGAGCCCUUGACGUUUUCCAUAUUUUGUUACGUUACAGCCUUAUUCUAAAAUUGAUAAAAAAACACAAAUUCUCAUCAAUCUACACACAAUACCCGAUAAUGAAAAAAGCAAAAACAGUUUUUUGACAUUUUUGCAAAUGUAUUAAAAAUAACAAAAACUGAAAUAUUACAUUUACAUAAGUAUUCAGACCCUUUACUCAGUACUUUGUUGAAGCACCUUUGGCACAGCUAUUUUCAGGCCUCUCCAGAGAUGUUUGAUCGGGUUCAAGUCCGGUCUCUGACUGGGACACUCAAGGACAUUCAGAGACUUGUCAAGAAGCCACUCCUGCAUUGUUUUGGCUGUGUGCUUAGGGUUGUUGUCCUGUUGGAAGGUGAACCUUCACCCCAGUCUGAGGUCCUGAGCGCUCUGGAGCAGGUUUUCAUCAAGGAUCUCUCUGUACUUUGCUCUAUUCAUCUUUCCCUCGCUCCUGACUAGUCUCCCAGUCCCUGCCACUGAAAAAGAUCCCCACAGCAUAAUGCUGCCACAACCAUGCUUCACCGUAGAGAUGGUGCCAGGUUUUCUCCAGACGUGACAGUUGGCAUUCAGGCCAAAGAGUUCAAUCUUGGUUUCAUCAAUCCAGAGAAUCUUGUUUUCAUGGUCUGCGUCCUUUAGGUCCCUUUUGGCAAACUCCAAGUGGGCUGUCAUGUGCCUUUUACUGAGGAGUGUCUGGCCACUCUACCAUAAAGGCCUGAUUGGUGGUGUGCUGCAGAGAUGGUUGUCCUUCAGGAUGGUUCUCCCAUCUCCACAGAGGAACUCUGAAGCUCUGUCAGAGUGACCAUCGGUUUCUUUGUCACCUCCCUGACCAAGGCCAUUCUCCCCUGAUUGCUCACUGGAGGAGAUGCUCACCCCGUCCUUUUCCUCCGUGGGAUGAUCAAACACCGCCCUGAACCGAGAGAGGAAGGUGGAGUAGGGAAGUGCCACUGCCUCCCCUUCUUCCCAGACUGCCGUGGCCCAAUCCAGCGCCUUUCCUUUAAGUAGCGAAAUCGCCAGCGCUAUCCUGGCUUGAUCAGAUGGAUAUGCCCCAGGCUGAUGCGCCAGAUAAAGUGAAACCUGUAGCAGGAAGCCGCUACAUUUAGUAGUUUUACCGUCAUAGCGCUCCGGUAUGGCGAGGGUUCCCUCAGAAGUGGGUGAUAGCUUGGGAACAGGUGGAUUGGGUUCACUCGCCGCUCCCUGAGGUGGAACCGGAGCGCUGGGGUGCAGAGAUGAUGAGGUGCAGGUGUGCUGGAGGUGAUUAGGGUGCUUUGGGUUUCCAUUCCUGUGUUUGCAGAGGUGGUGCGCUCAGACCGGUGGCUCAGUAAACCGGCAAAACAGAGCGCCGGAUGGGAGCAAAGGAAGGAGACGUGACACACAUACACACAAUCACAUGACAUCAUAUAGUAGAUACACACUCACAUGCAUUCUCUAAGACACACUCUCUCACAUGUGCACACUCCAUCUCAUUCUCUAUUUCACUCUCUCAAACAUACACACAUCACAUGAAUGCACUCACAUAGGGAGAAUCUCAAUUGAAUACUCCUCACGUCCUCUCUCCUCACCUCCUAAAAACCCAUUGGAUGAGAAAGCCAGAGGUCCCACCCCUCUGACCUUCUCCUCCAAUGGGUUUUGAGAAAGAGGCGAGGAAAGAGGACGCGAGGCGUAUGCAAUUGAUAUUCUCCCAUAGUACACACAUACAGUUGAAGUCGGAAGUUUACAUGCACUUAGGAUGGAGUCAUUAAAACUCGUUUUUCAACAACUCCACAAAUUUCUUGUUAACAAACUAUAGUUUUGGCAAGUCGGUUAGGACAUCUACUUUGUGCAUGACACAAGUAAUUUUUCCAACAAUUGUUUACAGACAUAUUAUUUCACUUAUAAUUCACUGUAUCACAAUUCCAGUGGGUCAGAAGAUUACAUACACUGAGUUGACUUUGCCUUUAAACAGCUUGGGAAAUGCCAGAAAAUUAUGUCAUGGCUUUAGAAGCUUCUGAUAGGCUAAUUGACAUCAUUUGAGUCAAUUGGAGGUGUACCUGUGGAUGUAUUUCAAGGCAUACCUUCAAACCCAGUGCCUCUUUGCUUGACAUCAUGGGAAAAUCUAAAGAAAUCAGCCAAGACCUCAAAAACAAAAUUGUAGACCUCCACAAGUCUGGUUCAUCCUUGGGAGCAAUUUCCAAAUGCCUGAAGGUACCACGUUCAUCUGUACAAACAAUAGUAUGCAAGUAUAAACACCUUGGCACCACACAGCCAUCAUACCCCUCAGGAAGGAGACGGGUUCUGUCUCCUAGAGAUUAACGUACUUUGGUGCGAAAAGUGCAAAUCAAUCCCAGAACAACAGCAAAGGACCUUGUGAAGAUGCUGGAGGAAACAGGUACAAAAGUAUCUAUAUCCACAGUAAAACAAGUCUUAUAUUGACAUAACCUGAAAGGCCGCUCAGCAAGGAAGAAGCCACUGCUCCAAAACCGCCAUAAAAAGCCAGACUACGGUUUGCAACUGCACAUGGGGACAAAGAUCGUACUUUUUGGAGAAAUGUCCUCUGGUCUGAUGAAACAAAAAUGUUGAAGCACGGGGGUGGCAGCAUCAUGCUGCGGGGGUGCUUUGCUGCAAGAGGGACUGGUACACUUCACAAAAUAGAUGGCAUUAUGAGGAAAAAAAAUUAUGUGGAUAUAUUGAAGCAACAUCUCAAGACAUCAGUCAGGAAGUUAAAUGUGUCUUCCAAAUAGACAAUGACCCCAAGCAUACUUCAAAAGUUGUGGCAAAAUGGCUUAAGGACAACAAAGUCAAGGUAUUGGAAUGGCCAUCACAAAGCCCUGACCUCAAUCCUAUAGAAAAUCUGUGGGCAGAACUGACAAAGCGUGUGCGAGCAAGGAGGCCUACAAACCUGACUCAGUUACACCAGCUCUGUCAGGAGGAAUGGGCCAAAAUUCACCCAACUUAUUGUGGGAAGCUUGUGUAAAGCUACCCGAAACGUCUGACCCAAGUUAAACAAUUUAAAGGCAAUGCUACCAAAUAGUAAUUGAGUGUAUGUAAACUUCUGACCCACUGGGAAUAUGAUGAAAGAAAUAAAAGCUGAAAGAAAUCAUUCUCUCUACUAUUAUUCGGACAUUUCACAUUCUUAAAAUAAAGUGGUGAUUGUAACUGACCUAAGACAGGGCAUUUUUACUAGGAUUAAAUGUCAGGAAUUGUGAAAAACUGAGUAUAAAUGUAUUUGGCUAAGGUGUAUGUAAACUUCCGACUUCAACUGUACUCUCACAUACACGCCUACAUCUCCUCCAAAUUCCCAAGAUGCCCUCCCUCUCAAAUUUGCAUGCUCCACAUUAUCUAUCUUUAUACAAUGGGUGGGUCUAAUCCUGGAUGCUGAUUGGUUAAAAUCGCAUUCCAGACGGUGUCUAUUCCGCAAUUUGCCACCGGCUAAAUCUUUGACGUUAUAAUGCCUAUUUACUCUGUUCCAUCUGACUGCGCAAUCCACUGUCUCAUCAGCCCAGCCAGGCAACUUAUAAACUUGAUCUCCACUAUAAAAAGCAUCUAGACAUUAUCUCACAUUUCUUUUAGACAAACAUUUCGUUUUCAACGGUCGAGAUUUGUAUAAACCUUGCUGUCUGUCUCUCCGACAUUUGCAACAUUGUUUCAAUAUUCAAAAUCGAUCUCCUGCUGUCCCAUAGUAAUGACCGUAUCGGGAGUCGGGACGCGACAGACAGGCAAGCAGCGUUUCUCAGCCGGUCGAAAUAAUGAAUCAGUAGGCAUCAUUUUUAUGGAUAUAUACAAAAACAAUUCUAUUGAAAAAAGGUCAAACGAAAGGCAGCUAAUUUGCAGUCUUUCCAGCUUCAGUUUGAAGUGAUUGUGUUACUGUAGCUGUGUUGUUGGCUAGCUCCUCUGAACAACAGUGUCCUGACGAGUGAACACAUUUUCUAUGCUAGGCGAAAUCACGCCUCGUCAGCUCAUAAUAUCAAAAUAUGUCAAUCAUUAUUUUAAUAUAUUGGUAACCCGUUGUAUAAAAGUGAUAUUGAACUCGAAGCUAGUGUUUGGAUGAUAUAUUGGCACGGUUUAACAACACCCAUGUCAAUAUAUCCUCCGUGUUUGCUUCGAGGGCAUUAUCACUAACUGUCACACACACAAGCAUGCACGCACUCUCUCUUUUACACACUCUCCUUCACACACACACACACCUGAGUGGGUUGCUGGUGUUGAGCGUGGGCUCCAUCAUUGUGCCCAUCGGAGGGAGACUGAUGGAGGUUGGCAGACAGGCAUUUAGGGAGGCGUCCGUCUGCUCCUCACGGCGAGGCAGCACAAGCCUCCAUUCAUCUCCAUUACAGCUGUCCACAUGGCAGUGGGCAGGGGACAACUCCACCGAGACAGACAGACAGGGGGGAGGGAGAGAGUGGAGGAGAGACUGUCAUAAACCCUGUUUCACUGCCUAUGACUCCUGUUCCUCCAUCUAAAUGCUGCUGUUGUAGAACAGAAAGGGAGGAGAGAAAGAGAGAGAAAGACAGAGAAAUACAGUGCAUUUGGAAAGUAUUCAGACCCUUUGACUUUUUCCACAUUUUGUUACGUUACAGCCUUAUUCUAAAACUGAUUUAAUUGGUUUUUCCCCCUAAUAAAUCUACACACAAUACCCCAUAAUGACAAAGCAAAAACAGGUUUUUAUAAUUUUUUGCAAAUGUUUAUAAAAAAAAAACGGAAAUAUGACAUUUACAUAAGUAUUCAAACCCUUUACUCAGUACUUUGUUGAAGCACCUUUGGCAGUGAUUACAGCCUUGAGUCUUCUUGGAUAUGAUGCUACAAGCUUGGCACACCUGUAUUUGGGAAGUUUCUCCCAUUCGUCUUUGCAUAUCCUCUCAAGCACUGUCACGUUUGAUGGGGAGCAUCGCUGCACAGCUAUUUUCAGGUCUCUCCAGAGAUGUUCAAUCGGGUUCGAGUCCGGGCUCUGGCUGGGCCACUCAAGGACAUUCAUUCACUUGUCCCGGAGCCACUCCUGCGUUGUCUUGGCUGUGUGCUUAGGGUCGUGUGCUUAAGUUCUGCCCCAGUCUGAGGUCCUGAGCGCUCUGGAGCAGGUUUUCAUCAAGGAUCUCUCUGUACUUUGCUCCGUUCAUCUUUCCCUUGAUCCUGACUAGUCUCCCAGUCCCUGCCGCUGAAAAACAUCCCCACAGCAUGAUGCUGCCACAACCAUGCUUCACCGUAGGGAUGGUGCGAGGUUUCCUCCAGACUUGACACAUGGCAUUCAGGCCAAAGAGUUCAAUCUUGGUUUUAUCAGACCAGAGAAUCUUGUUUCUCAUGGUAUGAGUGUCCUUUAGGUGCCUUUUGGCAAACUCCAAGCUGGCUGUCAUGUGCUUUUUACUGAGGAGUGGCUUCUGUCUGGCCACUCUACCAUAAAGGCCUGAUUGGUGGAGUGCUAAAGAGAUGGUUGUACUUCUGGAAGGUUCUCCCAUUUCCACAGAGGAACUCUGGAGCUCUAUCAGAGUGACCAUCGGGUUCUUGGUCACCUCCCUGACCAAGGCCCUUCUCCUCAGAUUGCUCAGUUUGGCCGGGCAGCCAGCUCUAGGAAGAGUCUUGGUGGUUCCAAACGUCUAGAAUGAUGGAGGCCACUGUGUUCUUGGGGACCUUCAAUGUUGCAGAAAUGUGUUGGUACCCUUCCCCAGAUCUGUGCCUCAACACAAUCUUGUCUCGGCUCUCUACCGACAAUUCCUUUGACCUCAAGGCUUGGUUUUUGCUCUGACAUGCGCUGUCAACUGGUGGAUCUUAUAUAGACAGGUGUGUGCCUUUCCAAAUCAUGUCCAAUCAAUUGGAUUUAAAACAGGUGGACUCCAAUCAAGUUGUAGAAACAUCUCAAGGAUGAUCAAUGGAAACAGGAUGCACCUGAGCUAUUUUAGAAUAAGGUUGUAAUGUAACAAAAUCUGGAAAAAGUCAAGGGUUCUGAAUACUUUCCGAAUGCACUGUAGGUACAAAUAUGAUCGAUAGACAUAGGAUUAUAUUCCUUGUCUACAGAAGGGUGUCCCAAACUCGAUCCUUGGGCCCCCACUUGGUGAACAUUUUUGUAUAUGCCCUAGCACUACACAGCUGAAUAAAAUAACCAAUUUAUUAUCAAGUUUGGAUUAUUUGAAUUAGCUGUGUAGUGUUACGGCAAACCCCAAAACGUGCACCCAGGGUAGAACAGACCAAAAGAACAUGGCAAAAUGCUAAACCAUUUAAGGUUAUAGACUUGUUUCCAGUGCAAUCUGUCCCCUACACAUUUUAAAUUGAUGGGGCUAUAACCACAUAGGAGUUAAAUUGGUACAGCAUUCUAACUCACGGGUGCAACAAAUAUAGCCUCUUACAAGGCACACCUCAAAAUAUGUUAAUUAGCCAGAAACAACAAUACCAUGCACCCACUAGCGGUCAAAAUAUUGUUGGCGCUCUAAAGAUACGGUACGGUACUGCAUUCUCUGGGGUGGAAUUACAGUACCAUUUGAAAUACAGCAAUUAUUUUCUCGCUCACAAAUGUUUCCCACAAUGCACCAUCAUUUACAGUAUCAUGCAGUAAAAUGUUUCAGAGUAUUUUACUGUUGAUAAUACCAAAAAAAAUGUAUAAUUUACAGUUUUCCGUUAUAGUGUAUGUUUGCUGAGUCAAAUACAGUCGUUGACUGCCUUAAGACGGUUUAGGCGCAGAGAAUUUAAUAAUGAAUGUGUGCAUGCCUACCCACGAAGAUGCAGAGACGUUAAGUCUAGUGGUUCAUUAUACCACAAAUAUGCUAAUUAACAUUGGUUUGAUGGGAUUAAUGAACAUCUCAGCGUGAUAAUCUUCUGGGAGAAAGUGUUGACAAAACAGACGCACUAAAUCACUCUAAAUGAUCUGUUUGUGUGGCCCGUUGAUAGCUUGUUACCGCGGUGAUGUGGUUGUUUUCAUCAGCAUCAGCAUUUCCUCUGCGACAAUAAUGACCACUUUGGACGAGGAGGGGGAACUGAAAAAACAAACAAAGAGUAUUUGCUAUGAUAAACGUCCUGAUUAUGCAUCCUUCAGGAAAGCACCCCUGCUCUCCACUCUCCGUCACAGUCAUGUGUUGGCAAUGGGUGGCGAUGGCAAUGCCAGCCCAGAGUGAUGUGUGUGUACCUUUCUGCAUGUGUGUAUGUGUGUGCAAUACCAGCCCAAAGAGGUGUGUGUGUUUGUGCAUGUACGUUCCUGUGUGUUUGUGUGCACGUUCCUGUGUGUACGUUCCUGCAUGCCUGUGUGUGUGUGUGGGUUUGUGUGUGAGUGAAGUAAGGGAUGGGGGAAAUGCUCUUCAAACUGGGCUGUCUUCCAGUCCCUCUGCUUCAUUACAUCCAUAUUUCUCCCUCGGUGGCACCACUGAAACUCUCUAAAUCUCCCCUUAGUUACGUCUAUAAAAGCCUACCGACACAGCCACUGUCUCCUGGCACCAAACGUCUAUCGCCUCCCAAUGUGUCAUUGCUUGUCGGGAAAAAAAAAACACAUUUGAAAGACUUCAUCCGACACCUUCCAUCACAUCAGCGUGGGUGCGUUGAUCUGCUGCGUCGGAAACACUUUGGCUUGGGAGAUGCUGAAAACCGAGUCGAGUGUUUGAGUUGGAAUUACAUCGUAGCAAAUCUUUUAAUGUUGAAAGUCUAUGCUCUAAACUCUUCUAAAAAGUAAAACUAGAAGAGGUAUAGCAAGGCCUCAGAAGUUGGAUCUCCUUCCUCAUAUGACCUUCCUGUCAGACUAACCUUUGACCUAUGAUGCAGUUCCUGUUGAGGCAGGAAGUAACUCAGGCUGCCAUUUUCCUCAACAACAAAAAAAGAUAGAUACGUGCAAGAAAUAUCAUUAAACUCAUUAAUAAUUUUCAGCACAAUUUACUUUGAAACUUUGCUUCAAUGAUCAUGAGGCAAUUAUUAAACCACAGUUUAGAAAACUACAUUCUUGCGUCAUGACUCAACAAAAUUCCACCAGCUAUAACAGCUGAUACUCCUGAGUUAAAACCAGGAGGGGUCGGUGGAGCUGGAGCUACAGUACUUCCAAUCAGCAUAGCCUGGCAUGAUAUUGACCAGUCACAACAGCUACAAGUUAGUGAAAACAGAAAACACUGUGGAGCCAGUGCACUACCAAACUAAAAACCUACCCCCCAAAAUAAAAAAAAUAAAAACAAACACAGGCCUUGAGUACCUAGAGUGCAAUUUGGAGCGAAACCUCUUGGGCACACAAGCAGCGUCAUUACUUAUUAAUCGCUCUCUGCGAUAAGUUUCCCAAGCCAGAGUGUUUCCUUGUGUUCCGACAGUCAUAAUACUCUCUCCUUAUUUACUCCGACAAUCUCCCUGAGAGGCAGUCGUCCCAAGUUUCAAUUAGCCAAAGUAGCAAAUCAUUAAUAACGAGUUGCGAUGAAAACAUCAGAGAGGGGGUCAUCAUGGUAAUAGGAUGGAGACACUCUCCUACUGUAAGUACCAUCAAUCAAACAGAUUGUUUGACAGACACCUUGUAGUACUAUAGUGCGGGUAUUUGAUUGGAUAGAACGUGACAGUCUUUGAGGAGGAAUAGCCUGUUGCCAGUGGUUUAGUUCAUUGACGUGAUGGGAGAAGAGCUGGAGAAGGUAUAGAGAGACAUAGAGGCCCCUUGAGCAAGGUUGAGGAACUGUCUAUGUUGAAUUAUGCAACACCCUUUCUGUAAACCAUUGGUAUGGGAUAAGGCAUCUACUGGAGAUUGUGAUGAAACAUAUGAUGCUCAGAACAUCAGCAUGGUGUGAUGGUAUGUGAGAUACGGUCUUCCAGGCUCUUCUAUUGCCUGAUUAGGUGAAAUAGCUGAGGAUACAGCCAGCCCUUAACAAUUAGGUGGAAACAUAUGUAGGUUUGAACUCGGAUCUUCUGCACCCUAUAAGACUGUGUUAGCCCACUGACCUAAAGCCUAGGCCCCAAGCACGUGAACAUGGUUCACUGAACCACCUCUGAUAUACACACAUAAACAAAUGAACAUAAACUAUAUGUAACUAAAGAUAAAUUAAAAGUUAAACGUGGAAAUAUGAUUUUGGUGUAUACGGAGCAAAACUAAAGCAAAAGUCUUGAUUUAAUGGUAGAGCUUGUCGAAUUGCAGUUGUCGGCUAUGUUGUAGACCACUAUUUCCCCACAAUUUCACUGAUUACUGUAAAAAUAUAUCACACCCGCUCACAAUGUACCACUUUAGAGACAUCUUGUCACUGAUUAAAUUGAUAAAACCAUUACCAUGACAAUAGUGUUUGUCUCUUCUACUUUUGAUAAAGAGCUACUUGUGUAGAGACACUGGCCUUGGUGAAAUGAGCUAGGAUAGGAUAUCAGGUCCAAUUUCACAUAUUGUAUCUGUCUGGGAUUGCUAUGGCAGAAUAACCCUAUCAAACCAUGGAUCAGCUUACUUGUAUAAAGACUGCUUUCGUGCAACAGUUGUGGAGUCAUACACAACACAGUGUAACAAUGUAAUAAAGUGACAUAUAGUAUCUUAAAUAUACUGUGUGAAGACCUAUGGUCUACCAUAAAAAAAGCUGUUUUUAAGCACCCUAUGUAGAUGUUUAUUAGCAGAUAUGAGACUUCUGUUGUGCAUUAUAAUGCAUUAUGCAUAGCUCAUAAGGUGUUAGAAAUGUGCUUAUGAUGCAUUCUGAAGAGAGUAUUCAUAUGAAGUGUUACUCAACUUUCAAGUCUCUUUCCCCCCACCUUCUCGAGAUCGAGAGAGAACGAGAUUCGAGAAGCGAAUAGCGGAGCUUAUGAGGAUCUAGCUCUCUCGAUAUAGAGCUCUAUCGCUCCUCUAUCGUCUCCUAUCUUCUCUCUCUCUAUCUCUCUCUCUCUCUUCUCUCUCUCUCUCCUCUCUCUCUCUCUCUCUCUCUCUCUCACUCUCUCUCUCUUGCUAAGCACUACAGCAGCUCCAUCAGUGUGAACAUAAUUUAGAUUUCCCCUUAGACACAUGGGGGGGGGGCCAUGUCGAGGAGAGAUGAGAGUGUGGGGGGAGAGAGGUUAAAACCAGAGGGUGCCAGCUGGUGUGUAAUCACUGUUUUAACCUCCUUCUUUGUCAUUAAUCUUUGUAAGAGAUUCCAGCACAGGCUCUACCACCCAUGACAGCCCAUUAGCUCGCUACAGUUCAAGGGAGUUCGGGAUGGGAUGGGGGGGGGAGGUGUGGUGGGGGGGAGUUGUAAGGGAGGGUUAAGGGAGACAUUUAGCAAAUUUGAGGACUUUAGUAGUGUAGAGGCAUCUAGCCUUAAGACCAGGCACCACACCCUAAUAGGGAUUUUGUUUUUCCUUUAUCAUAUCACAAUCAACUUUUACCAGUUGAAUGUAGAUACAAAUAUAAUACUUUUUGUAUUAACGUUUUUCUGAGAUAUUGUAUUACAAUAUGCAAAUGAGGCUAAAACACAUUUUUUGGGACACUGGAUUAAGUCAGCCUAAAUAUUUUGGUUUCAUUUUGCUAAGACACUCCAGGACCGGAUUUACUCAGAGCAGAUUGUGGAUAAAUACUUUUUUCAUAUUUCUAUCUGUAAAAUACGUAAAAUACGUAAAAACAUAUCAACAAUUCCCUCUGGGCAAGUCUCGAGAAUAUAUCUAAGGAUAACCACACACAAUUUGGUGAAUGUAUAUGCUUCUGAAGCUGAGGAAAAUGAGUUGGCAUGUGGGAAGAGACUGACUUUUGAGAAAUGACAGUUAAAGACAGGUACACUUCAAACUAAGUUACUACAUACACUGAGUGUACAAAACAUUAACGACACCUUUUGCCCUCAGAACAGCCUCAAUUGGUCGGGGCAUGGACUCUACAAGGUGUCGAAAGCAUUCCACAGUGAUGCUGGUCCAUGCUGACUCCAAUGCUUCCCACGGUUGUGUCAAGUUGGAUGGAUGUCCUUUGGGUGGUGGACCAUUCUUGAUAUACACGGGAAACUGUUGAGCAUGAAAAACCCAGCAGCGUUGCAAUUCUUGACACAAACCGGUGCACCUGGCACCUACUACCAUACCCCAUUCAAAGGCACUUAAAUAUUUUGUCUUGCCCAUUCACCCUCUGAAUGGCACACAUUCACAAUCCAUGUCUCAAUUGUCUCAAUGCUUAAAAGUCCUUCUUUAACCUGUCUGUUCCAUUUCAUCUACACUGAUUGAAGUGGAUUUAACAAGUGACAGCAAUAAGGGAUCAUAGCUUUUAUCUGGAGCAGGUGUUCUUAAUGUUUUGUAUACUCUGUGUAUAGUUCAGUUUGUUACAUUCUGUAUGAAAUGGGCUUUUAAAUGAUGUGUACAUUUUACAAUUAUGGAUGUAAUUUUCAUCAUAGGUACACGUCAACUAUGACAGACAAAAUGAGAAAAAAAAUCCAGAAAAUCACAUUGUAGGAUUUUUUAUGAAUUUAUUUGCAAAUCAUGGUGGGAAAUAAGUAUUUGGUCAAUAACAAAGGUUUCUCAAUACUUUGUUAUAUACCCUUUGUUGGCAAUGACACAGGUCAAACGUUUUCUGUAAGUCUUCACAAGGUUUUCACACACUGUUGCUGGUAUUUUGGCCCAUUCCUCCAUGCAGAUCUCCUCUAGAGCAGUGAUGUUUUGGGGCUGUCGCUGGGCAACACAGACUUUCAACUCCCUUCAAAGAUUAUCUAUGGGGUUGAGAUCUGGAGACUGGCUAGGCCACUCCAGGACCUUGAAAUGCUUCUUACGAAGUCACUCCUUCGUUGCCCGGGCGGUGUGUUUGGGAUCAUUGUCAUGCUGAAAGACCCAGCCACGUUUAAUCUUCAAUGCCCUUGCUGAUGGAAGGAGGUUUUCACUCAAAAUCUCACGAUACAUGGCCCCAUUCAUUCUUUCCUUUACACGGAUCAGUCGUCCUGGUCCCUUUGCAGAAAAACAGCCCCAAAGCAUGAUGUUUCCACCCCCAUGCUUCACAGUACGUAUGGUGUUCUUUGGAUGCAACUCAGCAUUCCUUGUCCUCCAAACACGACGAGUUGAGUUUUUACUAAAAAGUUAUAUUUUGGUUUCAUCUGACCAUAUGACAUUCUCCCAAUCCUCUUCUGGAUCAUCCAAAUGCACUCUAGCAAACUUCAGACGGGCCUGGACAUGUACUGGCUUAAGCAGGGGGACACGUCUGGCACUGCAGGAUUUGAGUCCCUGGCGGCGUAGUGUGUUACUGAUGGUAGGCUUUGUUACUUUGGUCCCAGCUCUCUGCAGGUCAUUCACUAGGUCCCCCCGUGUGGUUCUGGGAUUUUUGCUCACCGUUCUUGUGAUCAUUUUGACCCCACGGGGUGAGAUCUUGCGUGGAGCCCCAGAUCGAGGGAGAUUAUCAGUGGUCUUGUAUGUCUUCCAUUUCCUAAUAAUUGCUCCCACAGUUGAUUUCUUCAAACCAAGCUGCUUACCUAUUACAGAUUCAGUCUUCCCAGCCUGGUGUAGGUCUACAAUUUUGUUUCUGGUGUCCUUUGACAGCUCUUUGGUCUUGGCCAUAGUGGAGUUUGGAGUGUGACUGUUUGAGGUUGUGGACAGGUGUCUUUUAUACUGAUAACAAGUUCAAACAGGUGCCAUUAAUACAGGUAACGAGUGGAGGACAGAGGAGCCUCUUAAAGAAGAAGUUACAGGUCUGUGAGAGCCAGAAAUCUUGCAUGUUUGUAGGUGACCAAAUACUUAUUUUCCACCAUAAUUUGCAAAUAAAUUCAUUAAAAAUCCUACAAUUUGAUUUUCUGGAUUUUUCUUCUCUCAAUUUGUCUAUCAUAGUUGAUGUGUACCUAUGAUGAAAAUUACAGGCCUCUCUCAUCUUUUUAAGUGGGAGAACUUGCACAAUUGGUGGCUUUAUGUCCAUUUUAAAGUAGUUAAAAUGAAUGACAUUUUUAUGACGGUAGUAUGAUAAACUAAAGAAAAUAUACAUUAAUGGACCAAACUACUAACUAAUCAAAAAAUUGACAGGUAGAUGCAAAAAUGUCAUUUCAGCCUGUGGGGCCAUCAGUCAUUUGAACUUCUAGCUCAAACCCAAGUAGGCAUGUCUAUUGGUGGACCAAUGGUACAAUUUGCGCCUGCCUGCCUGCCUGCCUGAGUGAGUUUCACCUAAUGCUAUUGUCAUUUGUUGUGCCAGUUCUCAGUGUAUCUACUGUACCUCCAAAUGUUCUACCAUUAAAGUCCAACUUCUCUCAAAAGUGAUUUGCAUUUCUAUUUGGAGCAACAUCAUUAAGAAGCAGGAACCAUUAACCAGGCAUAAUAAGGACUAGUAUAAAUUCAGAUUUUUUAAAACCUUAUUUUCAAUAUCGAGAGACAGUAAAAUACUGGGAUUUUAAAUAACUUUUUUCUUUCAAAGACGAAAACCUCUGUGUAGCCCUUUACACUCAUACCCGUAUAUGGGUUGAAAAUGGCAGAUUUGGACACUAAUGAGCACCUAAAUUGGAAAGCAGUGGCUGUACAGUAACAUGCUAUACAAUGCAUUCGGAAAGUAUUCAGACCCCUUGACUUUUUCCACAUUUUGUUACGUUACAGCCAUUUUCUGAAAUGGAUGAAAUAGUUUUUUCCCUCAUCAAUCUACACACAAUACCUCAUAAUGACUAAGCAAAAACUGUUUUUUGGAAAUGUUUGUAAAUUUAUUAAAAUUGAAAAAUUGAAAUAUCACAUUAACAUAAGAAUUCAGACAUUCAGUACUUUGUUGAAGCACCUUUGGCAGCGAUUACAGCCUCGAGCCUUCCUGAGUAUGACACUACAAGCUUAACACACCUGUAUUUGGGGAGUUUCUCCCAUUCUUCUCUGCAGAUCCUCUCAAGCUCUGUCAGGUUGUAUAGGGAGCAUUGCUGCACAGCUAUUUUCAGGUCUCUCCAGAGAUGUUUGAUCGGGUUCAAGUCCGGGCUCUGGCUGGGCCACUCAAGGACAUUCAGAGACUUGUCCCGAAGCCACUCCUUUGUUGUCUUGGCUGUGUGGUUAGGGUCGUUGUCCUGUUGGAAGGCGAACCUUCGCCCCAGUCUGAGGUCCUGAGCGCUCUGGAGCAGGUUUUCAUUGAGGAUCUCUCUGUACUUUGCUCCGUUCAUCUUUCCCUCGAUCCUGACUAGUCUCCUAGUCCCUGCCACUGAAAAACAUCCCCACAGCACGAUGCUGCCACCACCAUGCUUCACCGUAGGGAUGGUGCCAGGUUUCCGCUUGGCAGUUCAAUCUUGGUUUCAUCAGACCAGAGAAUCUUGUUUCUCGUGGUCUGAGAGUCCUUUAGGUGCCUUUUGGCAAACUCCAAGCGGGCUGUCAAGUGCCUUUUACUGAGGAGUGGCUUCCAUCUGGCCACUCUACCAUAAAGGACUGAUUGGUGGAGUGCUGCAGACAUGGUUGUCCUUCUGGAAGGUUCUCCCAUUUCACAGAGGAACUGUGGAGCUCUGUUAGAGUGACCAUCGGGUUCUUGGUCACCUCCCUGACCAAGGCCCUUCUCCCCCAAUUGCUCAAUUUGGCCGGGCAGCCAGCUCUCGGAAUAGUCUUGGUGGUUCCAAACUUCUUCCAUUUAAUAAUGAUGGAGGCCACUGUGUUCUUGGGGACCUUCAAUGCUGGAUAUAUUUUUUGGUACCCUUCCCCAGAUCUGUGCCUCAACACAAUCCUGUCUCAGGGCUCUGCGGACAAUUCCUUCGACCUCAUGGCUUGGUUUUUGCUCAGAAAUGCACUGUCAACUGUGGGACCUUAUAUAGACAGGUGUGUGCCUUUCCAAAUCAUGUCCAAUCAAGGUCUGAAUACUUUCUGAAUGCACUUUACAUGACGUCAGAGCACUUUCUCUGUCCUUCACAGCUAUGUAUGGGUUUUGACUGAACUUGAGCACAGCGCAACAAGAAAUUGCCCCAUCCUUCCCGCUAAAUGGGCAACUUUUGCAAAUAUUUUGUUUUCUGAGUGAGGGAAUUUCUGUAAAUUACGAGGACUCUAUUUAUUUUGAAAGAUGAGACGUUGAGGAUUAUAAUCAAUACUGCUUUAAUGUCAUACAAGCAAGUCAAACACCCAUGAGUCCAAAUGUCCACUUCACAUUUCCAUAUCAGAAAACUCAUGUAAUAUACAGUGUCAACUUUUAUGAUGUACAGUUACAAGAUGACAGAAUGAGCCUAUGUUUGUUGUAUUGUGAUGAAAAUUUGGCACGGACCACACAUCUGAAUGUUUUUCCCUGCCGUGGACCACUUAUCAUGACCAAUGUUCCCUCUAAUCUUUUUCGGCAAUGAACCAAUUUCAGGUCUGUUGAGCUCAAACUUGAAUGUUGUGAAAAUGAUGUGUAACUUCCAGCACACAUUUACUGUGAACACUGAGGUUGUACCGCUUUAAGUUACAGUUUUAACAGUGGCCAAGUAGGCUAUUGUGGCUAUUUGAUCACAAUGUAGGGCUACUAGAGUGGCCUACCAUCAAAAACAAUGGAGAAAUGCAUCACAUAACAUUUUAACGUGGAAAUAGCUGAUCUAUCAUUCAGCCAACAGUAGCAGCCAAUGUGUUGUGUUUAAUGUAGGCCUGCAUUCUGUAAGACUUUUAAAAAAAAACAUGCAGGGCUUGACAUUAACUUGUUUAUCCACUUGUCUUUCAGACAAGGUGACUGAAAAUGUUGUUGUGUUGUUUGAUGCAAGAAACCACUUUCUAAAAUAAAAUGCAUUAUUAUUCCCAUACCUUUAUUACAGAGAAUCAGACAGAUUAUGCUACCCUCUGUCUUUUGCCUACUUAGCUUAUUCAAGCCUGUCUCAAAAUACAACACUGGAUAUUAACUAAAUGUGCACACGUGGCUUCAUGCAGCUCUCGCUUUGGUCUCAAAACAAGCACAUCUACGCAAGACGGCUCUUGCUGUAAACAGUCCAGUUUGAAGUAAAUGGCACAAAUCCAUAUAUGGCAAUUGCGUAUUUGCAUGUAGGCCUACUGCUGCUCUGAUUGGUUAUACCGCACUGGUCUUUGUCCUGAGUGUCAAUGCAGUAGAAUCCUACUCCAAUGCAUUCUGCCUACAAAUAAAUCUCUUGCAUAGUUAGUUUUGCAUACUAAGUCUUGCAUAGUUUGUUUUGUUUCGGUCUGUUGAAUUGAAAGUGGCUAAUAUUGCGUUGAUUCGAUCACAAUUGCCACAGUAAAGGGAAAUGUUGAUAGUGUUAACUAACAGGGAAAACUCUAGAAAGUUGAGUGAAGCUUAAUCUUGUACUUCUCUCAGUGGUCUGAGCAGCAGUCCCAGGGAGCUGCAAGGCAGUCUCUCUCAGCGUGCACAUUGCUCAUGACUACAUUGUAUGCUCACCAAAAUGACGAUAUGUGUUUCUGAAUUGCCUUGUGAAAGCCUAACACUGUAAGAUUGUAUUAUAUAAUUUAGCUAGAAAUGUUGGCGAUAGAACAAGCUUUCAAAUUAUUCCCACCUGACCCAAAUUGUGAUUUAUAAUGGACCGUUUUUUUAUUGCGUAAACGACAAAAGUAAUUGUGUAAAGGCAGGGAUGCAGGGCUGUGUUCCAAACAAAACAACUACAAGCGUUGUUGCUCUAGUUCCUCAACGGAGAGCAAAUUUUAUUUUUUACCUCGUAUUUGAUGACUCUUCUUAGAGUCAUGAAAGUGCAUUGAAAUCAUCAAAAUUACUUAGGAACUGUGCACACUUUGGAGAGGUGUGGCCUCUUGGAGACACCAGUGAGACCUCUCACUCAAACCCUUGUCAUAUUUUUUGUCUUAUGUUGCACCUACCCCAAAUUUUCCAAGAAUAUUCUUAUCAUGUUACUGAAUGUAUCCAGAAUAUUUUCAGAUUUUGUUAUCAACAAAUGCGGAGAAAAGUACAGUAAAUGUAAAAUGCACAUAACAUCAAUAGUGUAAUGUUUGGAUUCAGUCUUGUGUCAGGUGAACUGUUGUGUCCUCACCUUUAGUCUAACAACUUCACCAUAGUCUCCAAACAGUUCCCUUUUAAUUGCUACCAUGGUUAUGCAUAUGCUUUUCAUAUAUUUCAAUUUAGCCCUAUCCAUAUAGGCCAAUUCCCACGAGUGUAAGGGGUUAAAUUCCUUUCACUGUUCCUCCACAGGAUCUAAGUGAGUUAAUUACAUGGUCUAUCAGUGCUGUUCCAGAUUGACCCUCUUACAUGAAACUCCAAAACCUGUUUAAAACAGACCUGUUCAGCACUGUGCACUCUCUUCAAUGGCCUUAAUUAAGAGAGCUCGUUACAAUUCUCAAAACGCUCAAUUAGUGCAGUUCCCUUUGAUGACCCUCUGUGAUUACACUUCUGUGAAAGACUAGUAGAGUUCAGGAAUGAUGAGUGCAAAUGAGAGAAGAGAGAGAGAGAAAAAGAAAGAAAGAUAGGAAGAAAGAAGAAAAAAACACAGCUGUAGUUGUGCAUGUACCAUCUAUACAAUCCUUUCAUGUUCACAGCCACGAUUAUAGCUCCAGACCAGCUAAAAAAGUUUCUCACUACCCUACUUACAUCUAUUGGACCCCACCAUUACAUCCAAUCUUUAGACUAUUAUAGAAAUCCUCACUGCAGUCAGUGUAUUCAUCUGUCUGUCAGGACCAGUCUCUGUGAAGCAGAUGGUACUCCUCUCAAUCAUUGCAAUGUUACACUAAUUGAAGGCCUCCACAUGCAGUCCUGUAGAUAAAUGCCCAACAAAAAUGCUAUCAUCACAAAGGCACUGGAUCAAUGGGAGAUAGUAGAUCAAUCUGCCUGCAUUAUUAGACAGACAGACUGGGGGAUUAACUAAAUCACCAUCAUCCAUCUGCAGGCGACGUAAUUUUGUCAUCAUCUGUCGUGAGAUUGCAUAUUUCAUCAUCACACGACCAAACGAUUAGCUUUCGCAACCGGGUCCCAAACUUAUCGAUGGUGCGUCUGUUUUCACAGUAAAUUAGCAUCAUUAGUCACCAUUACCCUUCUUUUCCUCGAGUCUCUCCGCGACAGGCGGACCCGUCCCAUUCGUUUCAGUUGUUUUUUAUUUACUUGUCAUCUUCUUGUGACUAGUUUGGAACCGGGGACUCAUUAACGAAUAAACUGAACUGACGUCAGGGACUGAUUGGCGGCUCCAAAUAAAAAACAGGCUCAGUGCGAUUGUGUGAAACCCCGUGGCAGUAUAAUUUCAUCUCCGACACCGCCUUGGUUAUUAAGAUGGACGUUUCCUGUCGUUUGUCAUGAUUUAUUCUAUUUAGGCACAGUUCACUAAUCGAGCCGUUCAUUUAUUUUCAAUCAGCAUUGCCUGUAAAAGUCAAAGUGAGUUAUAAACCACUACUAAAGAACGCCCACUUGAUUAGGCUGCGGUAAUGGCAGUAAUAUUGGUUCACAGGUGUCAUGUGUUUUACUAUAUGGUCAUAAAAUAUGACACGCAUUAGGGCAGUAAUGGCUCUAUUAUUAUAAAUGACAUUACAGUGCCUCGGCUGUCAGAGACUGUUGGUUUAGUCACAGUUAUCGUCAACUCCAGGGCGAUGGACUUCAAAAGGCGCGCAGAUGCUCGACAGAGGAAUAAACGGGCACAAAAGGAAUGAAACAUUCUCUUUGUUGCCUUUGAUGGCACUUUCUUCCAAGUCAGAAUGACAGUGUGAAAUUAAAAUAAACACAUUCUCACUUAGCACUGUGUGUGCAGAGUGCAGACCUUGAGAGUUCAACUGUGGGGCUGACUGACUGAAAGACUUUCAAGACUGUUUGUCAUGGGUAGAGUGUGGCAUUUUCUGGCACCUGUUUUUCUGAACCGAAAGUUCAUUCCGAAUCCGAUACCCAGGCUCAAUGGCUGAACUUCGGAUGAAAUUGAGUUUUAUCAGGUUAAAGAGAAAACAAAGGGAGAGAGAGUGUGAGAGAGAGAGAGAGGGAGAGAGAGAAAAGAGAGUGAGAGAUUGCAAGAAUGAAGUUCACCAAAUGGUGCAAUUAUUAUUUCAAAACUAUUAUUUCUCACCCCUCAGAGCACUCCCCACUCCCCAUUCCACCACAUAAUUUCAACGUGAAUAAUUGGGCAAUAUUUAGUUGAGACAUUUAUCAAUGAGAUUACAACCUAUCCCUAUACCCACUCAAAAAGACAGCCAAAAGUUAGUUACAUUUCCAACCAUAAAAGCACAACCAAAUUCCAAUGGAAAAACUAUGUCUGAUUUUUGGUUUAGUUGUCACCCAAAUGUCUAUCACUGCACUUUCAACCAUUGAAAAGCAAAGUUCAAAUGGGAAUACAAUGGCAGAUAUUUAUUUCAUUUAUACAACAGAUUCAUGUUUUAUCACUGUGCUUCAUCUAAUAGCAGAACCAAAUGGCCUGGGUCGCAGUUGAGAUUGCAUUAAAAGUACAUGGUGCACGUGAUCAAUGCCGUUCGAGAUUCUGCGCAGAUUAUUACAGCAAUUGUGAAGAUCUCCACAGACGUGCGAAAACCUAUGCAUGCUAUCUUGAACAUGCACACUUUAUAUGAUUGCAUAAUAAGAAAUUUAUAGUUACAGUAACCUCAAUGUGGCAAUGGAUGUGUUACUCAUUUUAAGGUUGAAUGUUACAUUAGUUUGUACGAUAGCCUUAACUUUAGGUUAUUUACUGUAUUAUAAAAGUAAUAUUGAAUUGUGUUUGGUUGACAUCACAACCAAAUAUCAAGAUUUAAAGGAGAUGUAUCUACUGCUUGGAUAGUUCCAUUUGAGCCACUGUCUUAAUCCCAUUCUUUAACUUUUAUUUGUGGUUUAGAUGGAGACAUGAAUCCAACAUAUAAUUUUGACACGUUAAUAGGCUAUUUAUUCUAUUUCAAAAGUGAUAUUGAAUUGUGUUUGGUUGUCAACGCAACCAAAUAUCAGCAUUUGAAGGAGAUUUAUCUUCUGCUUGGACUGUUCCGAGUGCCACUGACUUCCAGUUUGUCUACAAAUUAAUAAUUGAUAUGUUGGAUUCACAUCUCCAUCUCAACCAAAAAUCUACAGUGCCUUCAGAAAGUAUUCAUAUCCCUUGACUUAUUCCACAUUUUGUCGUGUUACAGCCUGAAUUCAAAAUGGAUUUAAAAAAAAUCUCACCCAUCUACACACCAUAUCCCAGAAUGACAAAGUGAAAGCAUGUUUUUUGUACCUUUAGUGGUAACACUGUACAAUACAUUGCAUUUAUAAAUAGUCUAUAAAGAGCUUAUAGUUAUGUUAUUAAUGGUUAUUUAAGCAUUUGUAAAUGCAUUAUAAACCAUUUAUAAACUGUUAUAACAUAUUGGUCAAAAUAGUGCGAUAGCUGGUCAGUGCUUGCCAAAUAGUGAGCCAAUAUUUACCUCUAGUUAUUAACCAUUUAUAAAUGCACUUACAAAUGCUUAUAAGAUUAACCCUAAUGUAUCAUCAUGCAACCUUAUUUUCAAUUAUUUCACAAUUGUUAUUUUCUCACUUUCGGAUGUAAUGUAUUCAGUGGCGAUUUUAGCAUGUAAAUCUUGGUGGGGCAAACAAAAACAAUUCGAUGCAUGCCAGCAAAGCCACUACACAACACAACACAACACUACACUAAACAAUACAUUAAUUGCACUAUAACGGUGACAAACGGUGCUCACAAACUGUUAGGGCCUACAUAAAGCUGUCCCAACAGCAGAACUUUAUUUUCAACACCAUUGAGUGAAUCCUUACCACCACUACACCCGGCUUUUAGCGGAUACUUGUCUGGGAGCAAAUCAGUUCAUUCAGCCUCAUUUACUGCCUUUUUAAAAAACAUAGCUGAUAUGGAUGACUUGCUUAAACAAAUGUGGUUUCUACUGACAAUUGAGAUGUACAAACUAUGGCAUAAGGGAACGACGAGCGGAUAAGAGGCAAUCCAUAAUUUUGAUUAAGACAUUAAUGAACGAGCUAGGAUGGACGUAGUCAAUAUAACUAUAUUUGUUCAUCACUUUUGAAUUGUAGACGUGACGCUUGGCAUUCAGGCCAAAUAGUUCAAUCUUGGUUUCAUUAGACCCAGAGAAUUUUGUUUCUCAUGGUCUGAGAGUGCCUUUUGGCAAACUCCAAGAAGGCUGUUAUGUCCACUCUACCAUAAUGGCCUGAUUGGUGGAGUGCUGCAGAGCUCUGUCAGAGUGACCAUCGGGUUCUUGGUCACAUCCCUGACCAAGGCCCUUCUCCCCUGAUUGCUCAGUUUGGCGGGCAGCCAGCUGAAGGAAGAGUGUGGUGGUUCCAAACUUCUUCCAUUUAAGACUGAUUGAGGCCACUGUGUUCUUGGGGACAUGCAAUGCUGCAGAAUGUUUUUACUACCCUUCACCAGAUCUGUGCCUCGACAUAAUCCUGUCUCGGCUCUCUACGGACAAUUCCUUCGACCUCAUGGCUUGGUUUUUGCUCUGACAUGCACUGUCAACUGUGGGAUCUUAUAUAGACAGGUGUGUGCCUUUGCAAAUCAUGUCCAAUCAAUUGAAUUUACCACAGGUGGACUCCAAUAAAGUUGUAGAAACAUCUCAAGGAUGAUCAAUGGAAACAGGACGUACCUGAGCUCAAUUUCGAGUCUCAUAGCAAAGGGUCUGAAUACUUAUUUAAAUAAGGUAUUUCUGUUUGUAAUUUUUUAUACAUUUGCAAAAAUUUCAAAAUAAUUGUUUUCACUUUUCCAUUAUGGGGUAUUGUAUGUAGAUUGCUGAGGAUUUUUUUUAUUUCAUCAAUUUUAGAAUAAGGCUGUAAUGUUUGGACACAUCUACUCAUUCAAAGGUUUUUCUUUAUUUUUCUACAUUUUCUACAUUGUAGAAUAAUAGUGAAGACAUCAGAACUAUGAAAUAACACAUAUGGAUUCAUGUAGUAACCAAACAAAUGUUAAACAAAUGAAAUUAUAUUUUAUAUUUGACAUUCUUCAAAUAGCCACCCUUUACCUUGAUGACUGCUUUGCACACCCUUGGCAUUCUCUCAACCAGCUUCACCUGGAAUGGUUUUCCAACAGUCUUGAAGGAGUUCCCACAUAUGCUGAGCACUUGUUGGCUGCUUUUCCUUCACUCUGCCAUCCAACUCAUCCCAGACCAUCUCAAUUAGGUUGAGGUCAGGGGAUUGUGGAGGCCAGGUCAUCUGAUGCAGCACUCCAUCACUCUCUUUCUUGGUAAAAUAGCCCUUACACAGCUUGGAGGUGUGUUGGGUCAUUGUCCAAAUGAUAGUCCUACUAAGCCCAAACCAGAUGGGAUGGCAUAUCGCUGCAGAAUGCUGUGGUAGCCAUGCUGGUUAAGUGUGCCUUGAAUUCUAAAUAAAUCACAGACAGUGUCACCAGCAAAGCACCCCCACACCAUAUCACCUCCUCCUCCAUGCUAUACGGUGGGAACUACAUAUGCGGAGAUCAUCCAUUCAUCCACACCACGUCUCACAAAGACACAGCGGUUUGAACAAAAAAUCUCCAAUUUGGACUCCAGACACAAGGACAAAUUUCCACCGGUCUAAUGUCCAUUGCUCGUGUUUCUUGGCCCAAGCAGGUCUCUUCUUCUUAUUGGUGUCCUUUAGUAGUGGUUUCUUUGCAGCAAUUUGAUCAUGAAGGCCUGAUUCACACAGUUCCCUCUGAACAGUUGAUGUUAAGAUGUGUCUGUUGCUUGAACUCUGUGAAUAAUUUUUUGGGACUCCAAUUUCUGAGGCUGGUAACUCUAAUUAACUUAUCCUCUGCAGCAGAGGUAACUCUGGGUCUUCCAUUCCUGUGGCGGUCCUCAUGAGAGCCAGUUUCAUCAUAGCGCUUGAUAGUUUUUGCGACUCCACUUGAAGAAACUCAAAGUUCUUGAAAUGUUCAGUGUUGACUCACCUUCAUGUCUUAAUGUAUUGAUUGACUGACGUUUCUCUUUGCUUACUACCUCAGGAAGCUGGUUGAGAGAAUGCUAAGAGUGUGCAAAGCUGUCAUCAAGGCAAAGGGUGGCUAUUUGAAGAAUCUCAAAUAUAAAAUAUAUUUUGAUUUAUUUAACACUUUUUUGGUUGAUUCCAUAAGUGUUAUUUCAUAGUUAUUACGUCUUCAAUAUUAUUCUACAAUGUAAAAAAUAGAAAAAAUAAAGAAAAACCCUUGAAGGAGUAGGUGUGUCCAAACUUUUGAAUGGUACUGUAUAUAACACAGGGCUGAAACCCAAACGAAAGAGCGAGGUUUAAACCUCUAAAUACAGUGAGGGAAAAAAGUAUUUGAUCCCCUGCUGAUUUUGUACGUUUGCCCACUGACAAAGAAAUGAUCAGUCUAUAAUAUUAAUGGUAGGUUUAUUUGAACAGUGAGAGACAGAAUAACAACAAAAAAAUCCAGAAAAAUGCAUGUCAAAAAUGUUAUAAAUUGAUUUGCAUUUUAAUGAGGGAAAUAAGUAUUUGACCCAUUCUCAAUCAGAAAGAUUUCUGGCUCCCAGGUGUCUUUUAUACAGGUAACGAGCUGAGAUUAGGAGCACACUCUUAAAAUUAUAGAGUGAUCAUUUCUUUGUCAGCGGGCAAACAUACAAAAUCAGCUGGGGAUCAAAUACUUUUUUCCCUCACUGUAUAUACAUGGGACGAGACCCGUAAUAACAAGAAGACAAUACACAGUACUCACGAGACCAACGGACAUGGGACGAUAAUCGACAAGGACAAUGGGGAACAGAGAGCCCAUAUAUAUACACAUACACAUACUAAUCAGGGGGAAUGGGAACCAGGUGUGCGUAAUGAGACAAGACAGUCCGGGGUUGGUGGUAAUGAUCCAUGUCAGGGACGCCUAGAAGGCCAUUGACGUAGACCUCCGGAACUGGUGAACGGAAUGAGCAGCAAUACCGGGGGGACCCAUGAGGACGAUACCCGGAGGUGAGACUAUCAGACAGUUGAUGGUACGGCCUAUCCUAGGAUGACCCGACACCGGCAGCGUGUGCUCCCAGGCGUAUAUUUCAGCGGAAUAUAAUUUAACCAAUAAUCACUGUUACAACGUGUUACACUGCCCUUUCCCCCCUGGACAAAAUUAACAUCUAUGUGAGAAUGCUGUUCAUUGACUACAGCUCAGCGUUCAACACCAUAGUGCCCACAAAGCUCAUCACUAAGCUAAGGACCCUGGGACUAAACACCUCCCUCUGCAACUGGAAUCUGGACUUCCUGACGGGCCGCCCCCAGGUGGUAAGGGUAGGUAACAACACAUCUGCCACGCUGAUCCUGAACACUGGGGCCCUUCAGGGGUGCGUGCUUAGUCCCCUCCUGUACUCCCUGUUCACCCACGACUGCGUGGCCAAGCACGACUCCAACACCAUCAUCAAGGUUGCUGACGACACAACAGUGGUAGGCCUGAUCACCGACAACAAUGAGACAACCUAUAUGGAGGAGGUCAGAGACCUGGCAGUGUGGUGCCAGGACAACAACCUCUCCUUCAAUGUGAGCAAGACAAAGGAGCUGAUCGUGGACUAUAGGAAAAGGAGUGCCGAACAGGCCCCCAUUAACAUCGACGGGGCUGAAGUGGAGCGGGUCGAGAGUUUCAAGUUCCUUAGUGUCCACAUCACCAACAAACUAUCAUGGUCCAAACACACGAAGACAGUUGUGAAGAGGGCACGACAACACCUUUUCCCCCUCAGGAGACUGAAAAGAUUUGGCAUGGGUCCCCAGAUCCUCAAAAAGUUACACAGUUGCACCAUCGAGAACAUCCUGACCAGUUGCAUCACCGCAUGUUAUUGGCAACUGCUCGGCAUCUGACCGUAAGGUGCUACAAAGGGUAGUGCGUACGGGCAGUACAUCACUGGGGCCAAGCUUCCUGACAUCCAGGAUCUAUACACUAGGCGGUAUCAGAGGAAAGCCCCAAAAAUGGUCAUAGAAUCCAGUCACCCAAGUCAUAGACUGUUGUCUCUGCUACUGCAAGGCAAGCAGUACCGGAGCGCCAAGUCUAGGACCAAAAGGCUCCUUAACAGCUUCUACCCCCAAGCCAUAAGACUGAUGAACAAUUAAUCAAAUAGCCACCCGGACUAUUUACAUUGACCCCCCCCCUCCCCCCUUUGUUUUGACACUGCUGCAACUCGCUGUUUAUUAUCUAUGCAUAGUCACUUUACAUAUUACCUCGACUAACCUGUACAUUGACAUUGACUCGGUACCGGUACCCCUGUAUAUAGCCUCGUUAUUGUUAUGUAAUUUUCUUGUGUUACUUUUUGAUUUGGUUAGAUUUUUUACUUUAGUUUAUUUAGUAAAUAUUUUCUUAACUCUAUUUCUUGAACUGCAUUGUUGGUUAAGGGUUUGUAAGUAAGCAUUUCACGGUAAGGUCUACCUACACCUGUUGUAUUUGGCGCAUGUGACAAAUACAAUUUUAUUUGAUUUACAACUGUUUAGAAUACAGUCAUUACUUAGUCAAGUGCAAGUGUGUGCAUUAUAGUAAACUAAGUGGCAGGUUUGUUUCCACGUUUCCAAAAGUAGUGUUGAGAUGUCAAUGCCCCAGGCCAUCGGUUGUGUAGAUCCAGCUACAUGACUCAAAAGAUGGGCACUGUCUAAUCUUUUCCAUUCAUCUGGAGUUGAGACAUAUAGUUGGAUCUACACAACCAAUGUCGUGGGACACUGAUCCAUCUUGACACAACUUUUGAGGUCUGAGCAGUGUUUUGUCCCUUGAAGUUCACAUUCAGGCCUGUAAUGAAACCUCAUUAAGUUUAGACCGAUCUUUUUCAGCAAAACCAAAGGAAGAAGUUGUGGACAUUGGUGAUAGCAGAAGUGGUAUGGAGAAGACCUCAUCUAAUACAUCUUCCUCCUCGUCUUCCUCCAUUUCUUCCUCCUCCUCAUCUUCAAGCAAUCGGAAGCGCAAACACACCAAAGUUCACAAGAGGGCCACGAAGCCGAAGAAAGAUACAAAAAAGUGCACAUCAGCAAGGCAGCACAGUAAGUUACAUUAAGCCCCUAUUCACUACACACUACACACUACACAACAGGAAUCAAUAAUUCAUGUGAGAUAUAGAGAUGCUUAGAUUCCACCGAAGCAGACCGGCAAAAUAUGUGAAUGCGUAAUACAUACUUUAUUAAUCCAUACAAGACAGAAAUUGGUAUUCUGCUGUACCCAACCCUGCCGGCAUCUAACUAGACUAUAUUUAAACUGACUAGACAACUAACUUGACUACAGUGUACAUAUCAACUAAACUGGACUUCUAACACUCACUAACCACAUCACUAUAAUUAUCACUAUAUUUCUAAACUGGGUGUUAAAAAAUGUUUAUGGUGUUUUUCUAAUGUAAUUGUAUUUAUUCUACAGCCAGUGGUGCAAGUGGAGCGCUGCAUCGGUAUCUGUCCAUCUUGAAGACAUUUCAGAAGGUCCAGGUUAUGUCUCGGGCCUUCGAGAAACACCAUGUCAACAGAAACACAGUGGUGUCGACUGCUGCCAUUGGGGAGAUUGCCGUGGCAGCCACAGAGGUUUAUCAUGAACUGCUGUCUUGGCCUUUGCAAAGCGCUGCAUGGUGGCCAUUCAGGGCGAUCUCAAGACAAAGAUUGAGGGUAUGAAGACAGACGGGAAGCUCCUCCCUAUUGGGGGGAGCAAGGCUCAUACACACUGA